AUGGUCAACCCCACCAUGUUCUUCGACAUCGCCAUCGACGGCGAACCCUUGGGUCUCAUCUCCUUCGAGCUGCUUGCAGGCAAAGUUCCAAAGACAGCAGAAAACUUUCGUGCUCUGAGCACUGGGGAGAAAGGCUUUGGUUAUAAAGCGUCCUGCUUUCACAGAAUAAUUCCGGGAUUUAUGUGCCAGGGCGGUGACUUCACAUGCCAUAAUGGCACUGGUGGCAAGUCCACCUAUGGGGAGAAAUUUGAUGAUGAGAAUUUCCACCUGAAGCACACGAGUCCUGGCAUCUUGUCCACAGCAAAUGCUGGCCCCAACACACACGGGUCCCAGUUUUUCAUCUGCACUGCCAAGACUGAGUGGUUGGAUGGCAAGCAUGUGGUUUUGGGCAAGGUGAAAGAGGGCAUGAAUAUUGUGGAAGCCAUGGAACGCUUUGGGUCCAAGAAUGGCAAGACCAGCAAGAAGAGCACCAUUGCUGACUGUGGACAAAUCUAA